CUCUGAGGAAUCCCGGAGGCCCGGAGUCGCAGCCGGAGGUCGAGAGCAGACUGCCAGCCGCGUUUCGGAAGCCGCAGGGCCUGAGGGAGGGUGUCGGCGCCAGCUCGGAGAGCCACAAAGAACGCGGCGGUGGCUGGGAUUCCUCCUGCUGAAGAGAGGAAAUCUCGUCCAAGGCCACAAUGUCACUUCCCAAUUAUCCGUGGGCUGCCUACGUAAGCUAACACUGCCAGAAUCCCGCUCCCUUGGGAGGAAUAAAGCUGACUUGGCAUGAGGUUCCUGCUCUCCUGGGGUUGAGAGAAGCACAACUAUGGCUUCUCUUGAUGACCCAGGGGAAGUGAGGGAAGGCUUCCUGUGCCCUUUGUGCCUAAAGGACCUUCAGUCUUUCUAUCAACUUCAGUCACAUUAUGAAGAAGAACACUCAGAAGACCGUGAUGUCAAAGGACAAAUUAAAAAUCUUGUCCAGAAGGCUAGGAGAGCAAAGAACAAGUUGUUGAAACGCGAAGGAGAUGAUCGAGUGGAACCAGGAACCCAAGGAUAUGAAUCAUUCAGCUAUGGAGGGGUUGAUCCUUACAUGUGGGAACCCCAGGAGCUUGGUGCUGUGAGAAGCCAUCUUUCUGACUUUAAAAAACAUCGUGCUGCAAGAAUUGACCACUAUGUUGUAGAAGUCAACAAAUUAAUAAUUAGGUUGGAGAAGCUCACUGCAUUUGACAGAACAAAUACUGAGACUUCAAAGAUUAGAGCAAUAGAAAAGUCUGUGGUGCCUUGGGUCAAUGACCAGGAUGUCCCUUUCUGUCCAGACUGUGGGAAUAAGUUCAGCAUCCGGAACCGCCGUCACCACUGCCGCCUCUGUGGGUCUAUCAUGUGCAAGAAAUGUAUGGAGCUUAUUGGCCUGCCCUUGGCAAAUAAGCUCACCAGUGCCAGCAAGGACUCCCUGAGCACCCAUACCAGCCCCAGCCAGUCACCUAACAGUGUCCAUGGCUCCCGCCGGGGCAGCAUCAGUAGCAUGAGCAGUGUCAGCUCAGUCCUGGACGAGAAGGAUGAUGACCGUAUUCGCUGCUGCAUACACUGCAAGGACAAGCUGCUCAAGAGAGAGCAGCAGAUGGACGAGAAGGAGCACACACCUGACAUCGUGAAGCUCUACGAGAAACUACGACUUUGCAUGGAGAAAGUUGACCAGAAAGCUCCUGAAUACAUCAGGAUGGCAGCAUCUUUAAAUGCUGGGGAAACAACCUACAGUCUGGAACAUGCCAAUGACCUCCGAGUGGAAGUGCAGAAAGUGUACGAACUAAUAGACACUUUAAGUAAGAAGAUUUUAACCUUGGGCUUGAACCAGGACCCUUCACCACAUCCAAACACUUUGCGGCUGCAGAGAAUGAUCAGAUAUUCAGCUACACUAUUUGUGCAGGAAAAGUUAUUGGGUUUGAUGUCACUGCCAACCAAAGAACAGUUUGAAGAACUGAAAAAGAAAAGGAAUCAGGACUUGGAACAGAGGAGGACCAUGGAGAGACAGGCUGCUCUGGAGUCCCGGAGGAAACUCGAGGAAAGCCAGAUUGGUUUUGCAGCCAAUGGGGAAGCGAGGUCUCUCCGAGGCAUCCCUGCCCCCUUGCGAAAAGCUGAGGGCUGGCUUCCACUGUCAGAAGGUCAGGGGCAGAGUGAAGACCCUGACCCUCUCCUCCAGCAAAUCUACAAUAUCACAUCCUUCAUCAGGCAGGCCAAGGCUGCAGGUCGCACAGAUGAGGUGCGCACACUUCAAGAGAACCUGAGGCAGCUGCAGGAUGAGUAUGACCAGCAGCAGACUGAGAAGGCCAUUGAGCUGUCCCGGAGGCAGGCUGAGGAGGAGGAGCUGCAGCGAGAGCAACUGCAGAUGCUCCGCAGGCGGGAGCUGGAGCGAGAACAGGAGCAGUUCCUGGCGGCAUCCCUGCACACACGAACUCGUGCUCUAGAUCUCCGAGAAGUCAUCCCCUUCCAGUUGGAGCCCAGCCGAGGGCCUCACAGUGAUCUUACCUAUGCCUUGGAUCAGGACUCCUCCCCAGUUCAGAGCAGCACUGUUCCCAAUACCCUUUCACCUGCCUCAACUCUAGCACCCAUCCACUUGUGGUCUGGGCCCCCAGCCCUUGGCCAGGAACUAUUCCUCCAGAACACCGUGUCACAACAAAGUGAUAAGACCUCUCUCAACCCGUUUGAUGAAGAAGACCUCUCCAACCCUGCAGAAGCCAGCCCUGCUGCUGCAGAGGCUUUCCUGGGCCCUUCAGCUCCUGUCACCAGAGAAUACAAUCCUUUUGAGGAAGAUGCUGAGGAAGAGGAGGCAGGAGAGUUGGGGGCAGGGAAUCCCUUCACUGACCCAAACAGUCCAGCACCCAACCCCUUUGAUGAGGAUGACCGUCCCAGGCCUGCCAGCCCAUCUGCCCCUGGAAACCCUUUUGAGGAGUGCCCCUGCACCAACCCUUUCGAGGUGGACAGCGACAGUGGCACAGAGGCUGAGGAGCACAUUGAGGAGGAGCUGCUCCUGCAGCAGAUUGACAACAUCAAGGCUUACAUCUUUGACGCCAAGCAAUGUGGCCGAAUGGACGAGGUUGAGGUGCUGACAGAGAACCUUCGGGAGCUGAAGUGUACCCUGGCUAAGCAGAAGGGGGCCCCUAACUGACAGCAGUGGGCAGGGACCGGGCAGCAGGGUACCAAGGUGGGGUGGAGGUAGGUGGACAUCUGAUGCACAUAGUAAGGGGUGAGAACAAUAGUCUCUUGCUGUACACUUUGAGGCAUUUCCACUAUAGUUGAAUAAGAACAGAAAACAAAUCGGCACUGGUUUGCUGGUUUUUUUCUGUAUUAUUUUUUUUAACGGAGUUUUCCCUUUUCAGGGGACUUUACCAUUUUAUUUCUGAGAUACAACUCAGUGCAUCUCUGUUGGGCCAAGGCAGAAUGGCUUCUGGACACCUCUUGAUCCUGCUGACUAUUCUUGGUCUUGAUGCAGUAUUAUACUAUCACGGGCCCCUUCCUGUGCCAAGACAGAUAGGUAGGGGCUCUGGCAGAAGUCUUUCUCUAUUUGGCUGCUCCCAUUCACCACCUCCCUCCUUGGGCUGUCUCCUGGACACUUAGGGAGAUGGCUGCUAUGAAGGGACCCAGGGGGACUAGUGCCUCUUUAUGGAUGGUGGAGAUGUUGCCAGUGUUGUCCCCUCCCAGUUAAAGGAAGUAAAGUUUCCAAGUGCAGGGUGUCAAUGUGAGCUUGAUUAUGAGGCAUGAGUGAUCAGCUUUUUGGUGAUUGUUAUGGUUUGGGAGAAUGGCCACUCUCUAGGUCACAUUGAAGGGCCUGUGGUGUGAUUUGGGAAUCUGACCAGGAAGCUUCUGUGGAGUAUCGGCAGCAGAUGGAACACUUUUGAGUCAGGAAAUAAACUCUAAUAACUUCAAAGGCUCUCCAGUCAGCCUUCACUGUGGUUCCUCCUGACCUGGGAAACUGGUGAGGUGUUUUCUUACUACUUUGAGUACUGAGAAAGAGAAAUAUUUGAUGCACAGCCUCAGAUCAUUCCAUAGUCCUGAAGCACUUGAACUCUGAUAGGGACAGAAAGGGAAGUUAUAUAGCUUAGUGCUUUUGUUUAGAGAAACCGAUGGGUUGAUAGAUGACAUUGUAAGAUCCUGGUGUGCUCAGCUCUGUGUAAUCUCCUCAGUGAUGCUCUUUAGUUAAUGGACAGUAACUGACCACUAGUCACUUUAGCUGAUGGACAAUAACUGACCUCUAGUCACUUUACCCUGAGCCGUGACUUCUGUUGGUUAUUGGUGGAUAGGCUGAAAUUCUUUUGUCACAUUCUGGCGAAGAUCCAUCUUGGUGGUAAGAAUGGCAUCUGGUGCAAAGAUCUAUUUCAGCAGCUGUUCAUUAAUACCUGUUGGGACUUUGACUGGGUAGGAAGACCUGUCUCGGGCUGUGAGGCGGGUUGGAGAGGAAGGGUAAUGGAGAGCCCUUUGGGUUCGGUCAGCAGAUGUUUACUGACCUAUGAGUGUAUUACCAGUACUAGUCAGUUGCCAGCUCUGGUGGUGUCAUGGACUGGAGAUGGGCAGCCUGGCAUUCACGUUUCCUGGGACAGGCCUCUUCUCUCUAGGGUUCCAGACAUGCCCAGCAUAUCCACCCUGCUUGGACUGCCUUUUGUCUCGUGGAAGAGGAGGCAGCUCUACACAGAAUGAAGCUGAAUACUGGUUCCCACAGCCACUCUUCCUGACAUAGGUCAGGUGUUCAGGGUGGUAUGGCUAUAGACAUUUCUUUUUUUUUUUUGUUUUUUUUUUUUUUGUUUGUUUUUUGUUUUUGUUUUUGUUUUUUGAGGCGGAGUUUCUCUGUGGCUUUGGAGGCUGUCCUGGAACUAGCUCUUGUAGACCAGGCUGGUCUCGAACUCACAGAGAUCCAUCUGCCUCUGCCUCCAGAGUGCUGGGAUUAAAGGCAUGCACCACCAUUGCCCGGCAACAUUGCUUUUCUUAAUUAGCUGGUGACUCACUAAAUAUACUCCUUUACUGAACUCACCUCCAGGUAGCAGUCUGUGACUGAGAGCAUGGAGAAAGCAAAUGCUUCUAGCAACUAUUUUUUAAAUCUCAAUUCACUGAGUAUUAAACCAAGUAAACAGACCCCAGAGGUUUCACUGAGUUUCUCAUUGAAUUCCUCUUUGACCAUACUCUGUAAGUAGGACAUGGCAGGGGAGACUUGUCUACCCUUUGGCUGUAUCACUUCCUAGAAUUUAUGUAGGUCAAGGUUGGUUUGCAGAGGGGUUUGACCUGUGAGUGUAACUACACAGCGUGCCUUGUGUGAGCACUUGAUGAUUGCACAGGUACUUCAGGGGAAACAGCUCCCCCUGCUCAGUGAAGGAGCACGUCCUUGGCAGGCCCCUUCUAACACACUAAGGAACUGGAGCCUCACUCACUGUACUUACUGCUCAUCAUGUCUUUGUUGUCAGAUGCUAAAACGUCCUUCUGAGGCAUCAUGAGCCAUGUGGCCCAGCUAGGCCUUUAAUUCACAUGGAGGAGUCGGUCUCUGUUCUAGGUCAGACUGGAGGAACAGGUGUGUUGAUUAUCAUGGUGGCUGUCAGCUCGAUGGUCAUUGAGGCGCAUGCACUACACUGGGGCCUUGUAUCAGAGGCUUUUAUUAAAAAAAUAAAAUAACA